AGUAACAAGAACGAGAACUUCAUCAGAUUUAGAGUAUAAAAUUGUUACAGAAAUUCAGCACUUUUCAAACAAUAUAUACCCGCGCAAGGACUCCGGAGAGACCGGAAGUGAUAUACCUCUGACGGUACGCAAGGUAAAAGACUAGGAAUUGACAGAACUGACUUUUGAACCACUGACAGGUAACAAUAGCUCGACAACCGCCUCUACUAAUAGGUGGAUGGUGACUGGAAGGCCUUAGAAAAUGUCAAGCAAUGUCACAACAAAGAAUACGCCAUGGAAUUCGACUAUAUCGGAAAGCACCGAAGAUUUCGAGUUCACCUUCCAGAACUGUGUAUUCAUUUUCCUUGCAUCGAUGAUGUCAUUGACCACGGUUCUUGCAAAUGUGAUGUUAAUUAUCCUCGUUUGCGUAGAUGCAAAGUUACGUCGGUACAGCAACUAUUACAUAAUCAGCCUUGCAUGCGCCGAUCUAGUGGUCGGGAUAUUCGUCAUCCCAAUGUUCAGUCUUUACACCAUCUUAGGAAGAUGGCCUCUUGGACCGGUCGUUUGUGAAAUAUGGAUCAUAUUUGAUUUCUCUUGCGUAUCAGCCUCCAUCUUUAGCAUCAGCAUUAUAUCCCUGGACCGUUACUGGGCUAUCUCCCAGCCUCUGAAGCAUCUUAAGAGGCAACGCAGAAAGAGGGCGCUUCUGAUCGUUUGUGCCAUCUGGGUCGUAGCGAUGUUAUGCUGGACACCUGCUGUCAUUGUGAUUGGAGUCGUAUCUGGUAGUUACGCGAUAGAAUCAGCUUGCCUGUACCUACCGGGUUUUAUCUAUGUCCUCCUAUCAAAUACUAUAGUAUUCUUGUGCCCGAUGUUAUUGAUGGUAUGCCUUUACGCAAAGAUGAUGUACGCCCUCAAGAAACAUCUGCGCAACCUGACUGAAGUCACGAGGAUGGGAUUACCAGAUACUGCCUAUGCUAGAAUAUUUUGUUGCUGUAAAGAAACCUUCAAACCCGACUCCACUUUGGCGGAAAACAAGCAAUUGUCGAUAUCGACCGUAUCUAUAUUGGUUGAUUCAACAUCUUCAUUUACUCUCAAGAACGUCAUAGAUACUGAUUUGAAGACAACUUAUUCUAGUAGAACAAGCACCGAUACUCUUGGAUUAGAUGAACUUCAUUCAGUAAGUCGCUUAUCAAGCGAUAGUCUUCACGUAACACCAACGCAGUCAUUACCCUCUCCUUUACAACAGGAGACACGUGUGACAGGAAAAUCACUCAGCGGCGCCAAUGAAAGUUACAGUAAACGCCUUACAGCGAAGAGGGCCCAUCGCCAUAAUCUUGUGAAGCAUCGUCUCCAUCAGAGGACAGCGCGAACUCUUGGCGUCAUCGUCGUGUCAUUCAUCCUCUGCUGGAUUUUCUUCGUGAUUCUUUUUCCUGUCAACUCCUACUGCAAUUGUGUCCCCUUAUGGCUCUACGACAUGGCAUACUGGUUGGCCUACAUGAACUCUACACUUAAUCCUUUCUUGUACGGAUUCAACAAAGACUUCAGAAAAGCUUUACGAAGGCUUAUUUGCCCGUCGAAAAAAUAUGAGAACAAUUCAGUGUCAAAUUUCUAGUAAGCUUAGCUAAAGAUC